AUGGAGGCGCUCGUGGUGCGGAAGCUCGGCGAUCCCACGCUGCCUCCCGGCGGCGAGGACUCGCCGUUUGCGGCGGUCUCCGGUGACCGACCAAUUCCGGAGCUGUCCUCGCCGACCUCCGUGCGGGUGCGCGUGGCGGCAACCAGCCUCAAUUUUGCGACGUUCCUACAAGUGCAGGGCAAGUACCAGGAGCGCCCCCCGCUGCCCUACGUCCCGGGGUCCGACUACGCCGGCGUCGUCGACGCCGUCGGCCCCGGCGUGCGCAGAUUCCGCCCCGGCGACCGCGUCUGCUCCCUCGCUAGCGUCGGGUCCUUCGCCGAGCUUGUCGUCGCCGACGAGAAGGCUCUAUACGCAGUCCCUGAUGGAUGUGACCUCGUCGCUGCUGGAGCAUUACCUGUUGCAUUUGGUACAUCACAUUUGGCCCUUGCCCACAGAGCUCAACUAAAGGCUGGUCAGGUGCUACUUGUACUUGGUGCUGCCGGCGGUGUUGGGGUAUCUGCUGUACAGAUAGGAAAAGUAUGCGGUGCUAUUGUUAUUGCAGUUGCCAGGGGAGUUGAGAAAUUGCAGUAUCUCAAGUCAAUAGGAGCCGAUCAUGUGAUUGACUCGAGCAAGGAGAAUGUUAUUGAAAGUGCCAAGUCCUUUUUAAAGGCUAGUGGUCUCAAAGGUGUCGAUGUUUUAUAUGACCCUGUUGGUGGCAAGCUUACUCAAGAUAGCUUGAAACUUCUCAAUUGGGGUGCACAUAUUCUGCUCAUUGGAUUUGCUAGUGGGGAUAUUCCAGUUAUUCGAGCUAACAUUGCACUUAUUAAGAACUGGACAAUUCAUGGUCUGUACUGGGGAAGCUACUUAACUCACCGGCCAGCAGUACUCAUCGACUCACUUAACGAACUCCUGUCAUGGCUUUCAAAGGGUUUGAUAACAGUUAAACUUUCACACACCUACAGGCUCGCUGAGGCCCAUCUCGCUUUUGCUGACUUGAGAGAUAGGAAAGCGGUCGGUAAAGUGAUGAUCGUUAUGGGCUCCUCAGCAAAAUCAAGACUUUGA